UAAGAGUGGUCCAGUUAGUUUUAUUAUUGCAUUUCUCCGACUUAGUCUUCAUUUCUUCAUCCUUAGGCAAACUGCACCUCGUCCUCAUCAUCAUCAGUAACAACCCAUGAUCGGCCCACUAGAGGGUACGAGUCCCCAGAAGGGUUUAAGCCAUAGUCCACCAAAUCCGCAUUGGUAGACUUCAGGCAAUGUGGGACAAAAGAAAAUCGUAUUAUUGUAAUUCUGAUUAAAUUUUAAUUAUUAUUCUGUGGCCUUCUGUCUGUUCCGUCAUUUCGUCGACAAUGGACAUUUCUAUUUAUUUACUGUGUCUUCUUUAGCUUUGUUUUAUGGAGGGUAGAGAAAACUUCCUUUACAUUUAAUUUUAGCACUUCUAAAAGAAGCUGGAAAGCUGAUCAGCGGGUCAGAGUUAAAAAAUUCCUUAAAUGUAUGAAAAAAAAUUAUAAAAAUGAUUAAGUCUUGCCUAUGCACACCAAGGUUCAGAAAAAUACCAAAAAUAUUUUUUAAUUUUGCGACAUACAAUUGCCCUGAUAUAGAUACUAACUAUUAUUGUGAUGAGAAAAAUACUUUGGAAAUAUCACAGAAUAUUCAUAGCAGGAAAGGUGUAGGUGAUAUUACAAAAAUGCAUGAAUUGUAUAAUUUAUUUAAAACAACUCCAACUUCUGAUAAGGCAUAUGACCAUAUUAAAGAACAUUUGUACAAAGAACUAGCCAGUUUGCCUAAUAGAACUCAUCCCCUUGUUAAGACUUAUGAUGGGAGUCCAAGAAUUAUAGCUGAAGUUAAUAAAAAGAAAGAUUUCGGGAAUUAUAAACCAUUAGAGUUCAGUGAGAUCACCCAGUUGUUAAACUUAAUGAGAACUGAUAAGCUAGGCCACACUUGCGGCAAUAAAAGUUACUAUUAUUUUGGUGAGUUGGCAGAAUUGGAAGAGGCAUUAAUAAAAUACACAGUGUCUGUACUGUUAAAAGAAAACUUCAAAUUAGUAUCAGUACCUGAUAUAUUAUCAAGCAAUAUUCUACAAAGCUGUGGUAUGCCGAUAAAUACUGAUCGAACUCAGAUUUAUUCAUUAGAUCCAGUACAUCAUGGUCCUGACUUGUAUCUCUCAGGCACAGCAGAAAUGUCUUUGGCUGGGCUUUUAAAAAAUUCUGUUCAUGCUAUGACCAAUUUGCCCCUGAAACUUGCAGCGGUCAGUAGGUGCUAUCGUGCUGAGACAUCAAAUGUGGUAGAAGAAAGAGGCACAUACAGAGUUCAUCAAUUCACUAAAGUAGAAAUGUUUGCUGCCACUACAAAAGAGCAGUCUGAUGAAAUGUUAGAGUAUUUAAGAAAGACCCAAGAAAAUCUAUUUUCACCAUUAGGUUUACAUAUGAAAGUCUUAGACAUGCCUCCUCAUGAACUUGGGGCUCCAGCCUAUAGAAAAUACGAUAUUGAAGCUUGGAUGCCUGGACGUAACAAUUAUGGUGAAAUCUCUAGUUGUAGCAACUGUACUGACUACCAAUCAAGAAGACUUAACAUAAAAUAUUCUGAGGGCAAUUUAGAAAAAUAUGUGCACACACUAAAUGGCACAGCUUGUGCCAUUCCGAGAAUGCUGAUUGCAUUGUUAGAAACACAUCAAGAUCCAAGAGGAAAAAUAAAUAUACCAAAUAUUUUGCAGCCCUUUAUCAGUGGCAAACAAUUAAUUGGUAAAAAUUCAAUUGUACCCAAAUUAAAAUUGUUAAAAAUAAAAAAAUCUAACAAUUAAAAACGUUAAUAGAAAGAAAAGUUAGUUAUUUAUAUGUUGAUUUUACUUAUUUUAUGUUAAACUUGUGUCUAUUCAAAUAGAAAUA